AAGCAUUGCACUUCUCGUCGUCUACCCACAACAACAAUGGCAGGACCACCGUUCGGCACAGCAUCGGCAUACUCAGACUCGUUCCCCGCGCCGCCACCGCGCGAGCUCACCGUGUCGGCCGAGACAUGCUUCAACCUGACCGUGUUCCGGGACGUCGUCCGGCAGUACCGCAAGCUCGACGACCAGGUGGUCACGCGCCUCAACCGUGCCCAGGCGCAGCUCCGCGACGAGGCGCGCGUCGGCAAGGGCAGCAGCCCAGAGGGCAUGUGUGCCAAGAUGUGGCUCGAGAUGAUCUGUGAGUCAGGAUGGGGGCGAACAACUGGGAUCAAGGAGGACGGGGCAAACGAAGCGCGCCCAAGUCACGCCGACGAGAUCCCUCCGCCGGCGUCUGACGCAGUCAUCGCCAAGCUCGACGCUGUAGUCCUCAUAAAGGCGUAUCUAACACCCCCAGCCGGCUGGACACAUCGCCAGACACUGCUCACGUACUGCAUCAACACGGUCGAGGGCUCGAUGAACGCCAAGCGCGCAGCAGCCGGCGGACCAACCGACGAGCGGCUCGCCGCGGCGCCUGUGCGUCCAGCGGGCGUGCAGGGCGGGGCACACGAGCGCGGCGUGCGCGAGGAGCAGGCGGUCAGCGACUCGCUGCAUUCCGAGAGCGCGGUCGAGGCGAUUGUGCGCAAGCGGACGCUGGAGGUGUUCAAGUCCAGGUGUCCCUUCUUCACGCCGCCUCCCGGGAGGGAUAGGGGAUGGUGGGAUAUCGCUGAGAGCGGGCGCAUGACGUCCAGCGGGCCAGAGUAGGAGAGGAGAGGAGGAGAGCAUGGAUCACGGGCACUCAUUGUUGUUACAUCAUGCACAUUGUCGCGGG